AUGAAUUUAUAUAAUUGCAAUCAUCGUGCCGACCACAAUGAGAUGUCUCUUCUAGCUGAAGAACACGUUACUGUGCAGUUCCCUGCAAAUGCGUCCCAUUCCAUGGAUUUUCUUCAGCACGAAGACAUCCAAGCAUGGGUGAAUGCUUUGGGACACUCCAAAACACAUAUUUUGAUGAUUCCUCUGAUAAUUUGCCUUAUUGCCUCAUUGUUGGCUGUACCUCUUGUCUUGAUUGCCAUCUUUUCAAACAACAACCUUCAUCAGGAAACCAGGUACCUGCUGCUUGCCAACACUUUGGUUAAUGAUCUAAUUUAUUCAGUACUGAACACCUUCAUCGACAUCCUUAAUGCUGCAGGUGUCGGGAUGCCUAAAGUUGUUUGCCAAACACUAUUGUAUGUGUUAACCGUGUCUUAUUGUAAUGGCAUUCUGACAGUCACUGCAAUGGUGGUGGACACUUAUGUGGCUGUUAGCUGGCCGCUUCGUUAUCCCUCACUUUUACCUCGAUCCAGGGCCCUGAAAAUCAUUAUCUGUAUUUGUAUUGUUUCUGCCGCAGCUCCAUCUGUCAUUUUUAUAAUAACACUAGGAACUCAACAGAAUCCAUUGUCCACGUUAUCGAUUUGUAUUUUACCUUUAAUAUUCAUGUUUUCUUUCCUUCGAUUACCUAUCUUAAAAAUGUAUUACAGUUUUACAGUAAUUUACUUUCUAAUAUGUUUAGUACUGAUUUCCAGUAGCUAUGUCAUGUUAUACUGCAAAACUAAGACGUCAGGAAUAUGGACUGGCAACUCCAGGGCAAGGCAGACUUACUUUAUUCAGUCAAUGCUGCUAUUCUUUUACUUCAUUCCCUUGCUUGGUCUAGUGGCAGGGGGUGCACUCCAAGAAAUGGACCUGAUUUCCUAUGUGACAGUACUCUGGAUCAAUAGGUCAAUGACAAAUUUCCUUAUGAUGUUACCUAGAGCAGUUUCCCCAUAUGUUUAUGCACUGCGGUACCGAGAGGUGACUAAGUCAAUCCAAACUUUACCAUUGCUGAGACAUAUUAGGCGUAUAAACCCCACUGAUUAG